AAUCAUAAAGUUGGUAUCCCUAAAAUAAUCCUGUAGACGCAAACAUGUUAGAUUGUUUUUAUUUUUGUUUUAAUCAGAUAUCCUUGAAAAUAAUGGUGUAAUAUUUAUUUACGUAUGUACUUUUUCGUUUUGUAAGUAGUGUGUUGUGUAGUGAAAAUGUCUACAAGUUCCGUCGACGAAAUACCCGACCAAUCUAAAGAUCUGUUCACCCAAGAUGGAGUGCUUCUCAAAAACUGCAUUGGACGGCCUGUCACUGACCUCAACUCUAUUGGAAUGCUGUGCAUUGUGCAGAAUGCUGAUGGAACAAAGUGUGUUGAGUGGAGACCAAACGACUUGAUCACCAUUGAUUCAGACACCCAAGAUCAGGAAUGGGCUGUGGUAAACACUGUUGGUCGCCGUCAGCGAACACUCAGCGGAAACAUGACUUCAGACUACGCGACACUCAGAGCUCGAAUCAUAAAAAUACCUCUGGAAGAACUCAAGACAUUCAAGGUCACGCGCAACAAUCAGCAAAUGCAGUUCUCCACCAAGCAAGGUGUUUGGCAAACGACAUUCUACUUCCAACACGGCAAUGCUGAGAUAUUCGUGGCGUAUCUAAAGAACCAUGUGAAAACAGCGAAGACCCGUCACGAUAGAAACACGUAUGUGGUUGUAGAGCCGAAUGUGGAGAGUCAGGUGCUGAACAGGUCCUUCGCUGAGCUGGACAUCUUCACGGAGAACACCACUGAUGUGGUCUGGAAUUUGGUGUCCAAUUUCAAGCAGAGGCCUUACGAGACCACAUUGGAGGCGUUUUCGAAACUCACUGAUAUAGUAUAUUACGGUAAUGAAGGUCUGAACGGAAAGCGGGAUGUGUCCGAGGAAGUGGCUGACCUGCUGACCAAGAGCAUGAGCGCGAUGGAAGACGCCACCACCAUCACCAAGAACGAAGAGUAUGAAGUGGUCAGUGUGAAGCCCACGCUGCCACCGAGACCUUGUAUACCUAGGGGCACACCCCUGUCAACAGAGAAAUGGGACGCGCUUCAGGAUAAGGAUGGUAGGAUCACAGAAGUGGAGGGGGUCAAACAACUUAUAUUUAGAGGGGGCGUCGCUCACUCAAUAAGACAGUCAGUGUGGAAACAUUUGUUAGACUACUAUCCGUGGCAAAUGUCACAUUCAGAGAUACGAGCUCAUCAGAAGAAAAAGACUGAGGAAUACUUCUCCAUGAAACUGCAGUGGAGGUCCAUGACCGAAGGCCAGGAGUCGAGGUUCUCGGAGUAUAGGGACAGGAAGAGCCUGGUGGAGAAGGAUGUAAAUAGAACAGACAGAACACACCCGUUCUACGCAGGCGAUAACAAUCCCAAUUUAGUGGUCCUACAGGAUAUAUUGAUGACGUAUGUGAUGUACAACUUCGAUCUGGGAUAUGUGCAAGGCAUGAGCGAUAUACUAGCUCCAUUGUUGUUGCUGCUGGGCAACGAAGUGGACAGUUUCUGGUGUUUCGUUGGGUUUAUGGAGAAAAUUGCGUCUAACUUCGACAUGGACCAGGCCGGCAUGAAGCACCAGCUGUUACAGCUGCAACAGCUGCUGAUGUUCGCCAGCCCCGAUCUGGCGCAACACCUGGCUCAAAAAGACUCCGGAAACAUGUACUUCUGUUUCCGCUGGCUGCUCGUGUGGUUCAAACGGGAGUUCUCGCACAUUGAUAUUAUGAGGUUAUGGGAGGUGCUAUGGACAGGGUUGCCGUGCGCUAACUUCCACUUGCUGAUCUGUGUUGCCAUAUUAGACGCCGAGAAAGAUGUUCUCAUCAGUAAGGAUUAUGGAUUCACGGAAAUAUUGAAGCACGUAAACGACUUAUCGAUGUGUCUAGAUGUAGAUAGGAUCCUAAGCACAGCCGAGGGCAUAUACCACCAGAUUGUAUCAGCGCCACAUUUAAACGACCAGAUCCGGAUAAUUCUAGGCAUGGAACCGCUCAACAUGGCCAACUCGGCACACUCGGACAACUCAGACGGGCAGGAAGCGGGCACGUCCCAAACUCAGACGAACGGUAAUGAAACUCGGACGAACGGUAAUGAACAUACAGGCCCGUUUGGACAGGACAUCGAUGAAGUUAUGUAUCAAAUAGGAUUAGACAUGAAUUUUUGAGGAUACACUCGAAUAUAACGGAAUACAGAUAACAAUAGUAAGGAAAACAGUUUGGGCACUGCUUGCUUAAUUUUAAAAAUAUGUUAUCUAAUGUAUAAACAAGUUGUUUGUGUGGUGAGUAAUGUGGGAUUUUUACUGUUUCUUUUAUCUAUAAUAAAAAAAAUUGAGCCAACGGAUCUUAAGAGCAAUGGUAUAAAAUAAAAUUCGCUUCUUGAUAAAGACAAAAGACAUACUAAAAAAAUAAGAAAGUAUGUAUAAAUAAAACAAUAGUAUAUAUUUGAAGUGAUUGGAAAUUGUUUUACAAUGUUACCACAUACUACUACACAAACAAUGCGUUUAUUUAUUACUUUAUCAAUGUAACAUGAAUGGAAUCGAUUUUAAAGAUAUUGAACUUUCUAGGGCUUAUCCUAAAUUUCCAAAAUUAAUAUUGAAGGAGAAAAUAUAUUGUUUUGCUAUAAUUUUUUUCUGUUUCUCUCAAAUAAAAAUAUUGAUUAUUUUUCAAAAUUUCGUGAUUUUAUUAACUUUAAUUUUUAAUAAUGAUUUGUCUGUUUCUUGAAUAGUUAUUUGGAAUACGAUAAAAAAAUUAGAUAUAUCGCAAGUUUUAAAGAUAAUAUUGGCUGUGAACGAAAACUAUCAGUUAUUGGUGUCUUUGCAAUCGAUUCCGAUACUAACAGCUGAACAAGCUGGACAAAGUGAUAUUUUUUAUAUUUUUAUAAUAUAAACUUUGUACUUUCCCCAACGAUAUCUUUGUUUAUUGGCUCCCGUUAAAAAAUACGUUUUAAUUUAAUAGCAUCGAAUAUGCCCAUGAAUGUUUUAAAAAGAAAAGUAGUUAUAUAUUUUUAACCAAUUGUUAAAAAUUCUAUUUGAUUCAUCAAAAAAACGUUUUAAGUUGAAAUAAUUUCUCCAUAAGCUUUUUUUAUGUUUUGUGUGUUUAUUUAUCAUAGUACCAUUAUAUAAUUUAAUUAUUUUAUGUAUGAAGAAUGGUGCUGAAGUAAAUAAAACAGCAAAUGGGAGUCAAUGUUUUUUUGAAUAAUGCUUUAUUUAUACCAUGUCAAUUGAUUAUUGUUAAUUUGUUUGUAAAGGAUUCUGAAGGUGCUAAUCAAAUAUUUGUAAUGGGUAAAUUGCGGUCGCGAGAGCAAGACAGGUUUAUCCUAAACUUUAUUCUAAAAAGUCGGUAGUAUCUAACAAAGGAAAACUGUUUUAUUUUCAUAAUAUUGAUAAUUGAAAACUGCAAUGAAAAUACAACCAUAUACCUUUUUUGCUCGCGCCCCCACCAUAUGAAUUUUGUUAGAUCAAUACAAAAUAACUGUCGAGUAUAAUUGUAAAAUAUGAAAAAAAUAUUACUGCAGAUCAGCUUAAUAUUUUCUUUUAGGAAAAUUUACUUAUUUUUUUUUUUGUAGUGUGACAGUUUUAUCAGUAACACUACAAAAAAAAUCCUCCAAUAAUCUGGCUUGAAGGACCAAUUAUUCUAGUAAUAUUUAUAUUAGUACCUUCAGUCCAUAAUGGUUAUUUGAAAUAAAUCUAACUUACACAGCUAUUAUUGUUAGUGCCUAUUUAGUGUAGACAUUUACUUUGUUCAAAAAAUAUUAUUUUAUCUACUAUACCACCUGCUUUUGGUUAUUGUCGCAUAGUUUUUGUAAUAAGUUAAUUUUAUUAAAGUUUCUGUAUGU